AUGGAGAAACAAAGAGAGACAUCUGCCCUCCUGGAGUCUGAGCUCUAUCGAGAAGACAGCAAGGUGAUGUUUGCAGAGGAGCGAUGUAGGGAGCUAUUAGAUGUAGGGAGCCGUUACAAGAUGGCGCCUCCAUCCGGCAGGCACCGAAUGGUGAACAAGCUAGUGCGCAGGCGCUGGGGAGGAGCUGGCUUAUACCCUGUACUCAAGCUUGAAGCCUUAAAUUUAGAUAGCUCCGAUGACUCCGAGGAGUCAGGAGAUGAGGUUUUAGAUACUGAGGAAGAGGCCGAAUUAGAAGAAGAGGCUGCUAGAUAUGAGGAAGAAAGAUACCACCCGGAUGGUUACGGACAAAACAGCAAAAGAUCUCAGGGACGGCGGCGUCAACCAGUCCUCUCUCAGGCUGUCCCUUCGGUGCCCCCUGCCUAUGAGAUUCGUCCGAACUCGUACUCUUUUCUCCCAGAUAGGGUAAAAAGAAAGUUGCGCCUCACUUACCCUGUCUUUGAAGGCGCUGAAGGAGGACGGGUUCAUGCACCCGUGGAAUAUAAUCAGAUAAAAGAGCUGGCAGAAUCAGUUAGAACUAACUUUACUCUUGCACAACUAGAUAGACUGGCCAUGACAGCUAUGACGCCAGCCUACUGGCAGACGGUCGUGAAGGCGUACUUGGAAUGGAAAGCACUCUGGCAUGAGGCCGCCCAAGAGCAGGCCAGAUCUAAUGUGAUGGCCUUGACUCCUGAACAGCAACAAUGGACAUUUGACCUACUAACAGGCCAGGGUCAUUUUGCAGCUGAUCAAACAAACUACCAUUGGGGCGCCUAUCAACAAAUCGCCAGUUCGGCCAUUAGGGCCUGGAAGGAGCUCUCCAAGAAAGGAGGGAUUGAUAAACAGCUCACUAAAAUUAUUCAAGGGACCCAAGAGCCAUUUUCUGACUUCGUGGCCAGAAUGACCGAGGCUGCCGGUCGUAUUUUUGGUGAUUCAGAACAAGCCAUGCCUCUAAUUGAACAGCUAAUUUUUGAACAGGCCACCCAAGAAUGCCGUGCAGCUAUAGCCCCGAGGAAGAAUAAGGGAUUACAAGAUUGGCUUAGGAUCUGUAGAGAACUUGGAGGACCCCUCACUAAUGCAGGGUUAGCUGCUGUCAUCCUACAGUCUCAGAAGCGCCCCCUUAAGGGGCCUGACAAAAGAACUUGCUUUAGAUGUGGAAAAGCAGGACACCUAAGAAAAGACUGUAAAAUGUCAAAAAGGGAGAGAGAUCCACCAACUCUUUGCACUGGUUGUGGCAAAGGCUAUCAUAAGGCCACCCAGUGCCGCUCGGUGAGAGAUAUAAAGGGCAGGAUUCUCCCUCCCAUGGAAACACCAACAAGCGAGAUUCCAAAAAACGGAGCAAUGGGCCCUCGGUCCCGGGGCCUUAAAUACGGGAACAGAUCCGCCAGGAAUGAAGAAAAUCCCUUCUGGGUUCCUGAAAGACUCACCAGGACAGUCCUGGAGCAGAAGGAUACAGCAGACCAGACAUAUGAAAGGGGGGAGCGAGCUGCUCCUCCUAAUGUCACUGAUGAUGAUCGAGAUCUCAGCUGUCCAGGGGGAACCACGUUGGGGAAUCAUGUCAACGUUUCCACUUCCGAUGCCGUUUCUCGGGCUUCUACAGCAGCGCAGGUGCCGCAAUUGGAGGUCCUCACCGAGAUUCUGAAAGCGAGAACCAGCUUCCUGAGCAACUGCUGGCCCCCGAUGGACACCCGUGCCCUGGUAUUUCGAGUUCCUGUCCUUGCCCCCAUGGUGAUGGAAGAUAGACAUGGGGGAGAAGAGAUUAUCCUCUACUACCAAGAAGGGACUUUGAUAUUACUGCUGCCAUCAUUUCUGCCAAUGUUGUGUCAGCAACUGCUGCCGCCAUUGCAAGGAUUGCUGUCGCUCAGUCCGCCGCCAACGCAGACUGUUAACCAGCUGGCGGACAGAAUCAGCGAACUCUAG